UUGAAUUAAGGAACGGCAUGCAAAUCGUAUUUCAAACGACAAGUGAUUUUGAUUCGGGCUUUGUAAUUGAAUAUUUUCAUCUACUUUGUUGAGCUUUUUCAUGUACUUCCCAAGGUCAAAAUAUUUGUAAUAAAAUACUCGAUAAAUUCAUGUGAAAUAUUAUACUUCUUUUUAAUGUAGAAAAAGUCUAAUUGAAUGCCAAUCACGCUAUCAUUCUAAAGUAAAUGAUAUAAACAACUAAAAUACAAGUAAAAAACUCGUUUUAGAAAGAAUUAAAUUUAUUGCUAGUACGACAAUUUUUAUCAUUAUUUAAUCUUACUCUCAAAUAAUUGAAAAAUAAAGUAUUCUAUGUGAUAAUGUAUACCAUGCAAGGGAACACACCUGAGUUUUUUCCUAUAAAAUACACGGGUAAAGUUUCCUCCUAUAAUAGUAUAUUUUUCAACGGGUGUAGUUAAGGGGUUUUUAGCAAAAUGAGGGAUUAUAGAGUGAGCUGAAGGCGAUUUUAACUAGUUAACAAAAGAUGUAAAAAAUUUAUGCUACGACUGCUGGUUUAAAAACCAUUUUCGAAACAACUUAUAAAGCUUCCUAUGAAGAUAGAGGAGUUAAAAACAUGCAAAAACUCGCAGUUCGCACAACAUUUUUUGAGUUUAAUUGAAAUUUUUUCUCAGCGAUUAUAGUUCAUGUCGAUUUUUGCCUUCUGGGCUUGGAUUAAAUUUGGAUUGGCGUACGAUUCAACUUCCAUGAUCAUAAAUUUAUGAUUUCUAUUCGAUAAACAUUUUUUUCGCGUUUAUUUCGUUUUUUGUUCAAUUUUCCUCAUAAUAGUUUAAAUUUCUGCUCAAAUAUGAUAUUUACAAAUAUCACAGUUCUUAGCUAUUAUAAUCCCGCAUCAUGUUUAUUACGUCUGCUCUUAUAAUUUCUAUCACCUUGACUGCAUCUGCUGGUAUUAAUGCUGCCUAAUAUUUGUAAACAUUUCGAGCAUUCGAGAUCGCUUGGUUCUUUCUUAUUUAAUUACAUUCAAUGUGUAGAAGUAUAAACUAGUUUUUGAUUCAACAAAAUGAAAUCCAGUGGUGCAAUCCACUAUUCUCCCGGAAUAAAAGAAGAGCCUUAUGAUUCGUGUUAUAAUGAGAAUAAUGGUAGAGAAACGAAAAACCAGGCAUCAGAUACUAAAAAUGUGCAAUACUUUAAAUAUCUGCAAGAGAGUACCGUAAGUUUAUUAGUAACUAUAAUUGAUUUAAAUUGUGGUAUUUUAAGAAAAUAUUUAUGAAACUUCAAUUUUAUAACAGUUUCAUAUGUUUGAAGAUUACCAAGGAGUUAAUGAAUUUCAAUCUAACCAAGAAAUUAAAAUCGAGUUUGAGUGCAAAGAUGAAAAACCUCAUGAGAAUAACUUAGUGCCUGUCAAAGUAGACAAUUUGUCUGAUCAAUAUCAAGAAAAAUGUGGAAAGACAUUUGCCCGAAAAAGUUAUCUCAAAAUAUAUGUUGAUUCAGUGCAUAACGGUCUAACACCUCACAAUUGCGAUGUAUGCGGAAAGACAUUUUCACAAAAGAUUAAUCUGAAAACCCAUUUCGACUCGGUACACAAUCAUAUCAAUCAUCUAUGUCACACAUGUGAAAAGACAUUUGCCCAAAAAAGUUAUCUCAAAAUACAUGUUGAUUCAGUGCAUAAUCGAAUCAAUCACUCAUGUAACACUUGCGGAAAGAGAUUUGCACAAAAGAGUAUUCUUAAAACCCAUGUCGAGUCAGUACAAAAUCGUAUCAAUUACACAUGUCAUAUUUGUGGAAUGACAUUUUCGCAGAAGGGUAGUCUAAAAUUACACAUCGAUUCGGUGCAUAAUGGUAUCAAACACACGUGUCACACGUGUGGAAAGACAUUUGCUCGAAAAAGUUAUCUCAAAAUACAUGUUGAUUCAGUGCAUAAUGGUCUAGAACCUGAUGACUGCGAUGUAUGUACAUUUUCACAAAAGCAGCAUCUGAAAAUCCAUAUUGAUUCUGUGCACAAUGGUAUCGGUCGCCCAUGUCAGAUUUGUGGAAAAUCAUUUGCAGCCAAGGAUUACAUUAAAGUCCAUAUUGAUUCAGUGCAUAAUGAUUGGAAACCUUACAACUGUCAUAUUUGUGGAAAGACAUUUUCACAAAAGAGUAAUCUGAAAACUCAUAUCGAUUCAGUACAUAAUUGUAUCAAUUAUCCAUGUCACACAUGUGGAAAGACAUUUACACAAAAAGGUAAUCUGAAAAUUCAUAUUGAUUCAGUGCAUAAUCAGAGAAAACCUUAUUGAGAAAUGAAUGAUACUCUAUCGUCUCUAUGCAUUCGAUGUUAAUUUACAUAAGAACUGACGAAAGACAUCUGCACGUAAGAGUUAUUUUAAAGUCCAUGAUGAUUCAAUGCGCAAUCGUAUCACAUAUAUUCAGUGCCCUAUCGUUUAUUCAUGUAACAUUCAUGGAAUGUAAUUUGAAAUUCAAGGAAUCUUAAAGUCCACAUAUUCAUUCGGCAUAUAAAUGAAUUAACAUCAUGUUAUAAUUGCAA